AUGUGCACGUCCAUAGAAGAGGUUCAGCCAGAAAAAGGAAUAAUUGGUGCCGGGCCUAGAUUUGUAUCCCUAUGCAUGGAGCGAAGGAACAACAACGGCGUUCACGUAUUUGGAUUUCACACGGUUAUCAACUGGUUGGUUGGCCAGAAAAUCGAAGUUGAAUUUGUGGUAACGUCUACCAAGCACGGAUACGAGCCGUUGGUGAUCCUACAAUGUAACGUACUAUCGAAUCUCAAGUAUAAUUUCAAUGAAAUUUCACCCAAGCAAAAUCAAAAUAAUAACGGCUCGAGUCCCCGUAAUGCCCAAGGAAGUCAGCUGGUUGAGGCUGAGCGUCAUGUGAUUGGUGGGUCGAAAAUCGCCAAUUUCAACGUCGAUUACAACUUCAACUCCAGCUUCAACUUCACACCUUGA